GCUCUGCGCCUGCGCACGGGGGUGGCGCGCUGCGUGACGUCACAAAGGCGCCGCGUUCCAGUCGCGGGAGGCCGGCGACACCCAGCGGCGGAGGAGCGCGUCGCGCCUUCGGCCCCGCUGCCCGUCGUGGCCGCGGCGCGGGCGGUUAGCGGCGAGCACGUGCCCGCCGCCCGCGCCGGGGUCCGAGGGCGCCGCGCCUGCGCACAGAGCCGAGCCGCCGCCAUGGGCGAGGCGGGCGACGCGGAGGAGACGUGCCGGCUGCCGCGGGAGGAGUUCGUCCGGGUGCGGAGGAAGGACCUGGAGCGCCUGACGACCGAGGUGAUGCAGAUCCGCGACUUCCUGCCGCGCAUCCUGCAGGGCGACGUGCUGCACACGGCCCACAAGCUGCGCGCCCUCGAGAGCAACCUGGAGCGCAAGGAGCGGGAGCUGGAGCAGCUGAGGGCCGACUGCGAGCACUUCAGGGCGCGUCUGCAGGUGGCGCAGGCCGAGGGCCUGAGGGAGAGGAAGGAGAAGCUGGCCGUGCGGCGGCAGCUGUGCGAGGCGAGGCAGCAGCUGGAGCGCCAGGCCGCCUACUGCACCGAGAUGGGCGCGGCCGCCUGCACGCUGCUCUGGGGCGCCACCAGCAGCGAGGACGUGGUGAAGGCCAUGCUGGCCGCGGACAAGGCGCUGAAGUUUUUCAGCAUCACCGGCCAGACCAUGGAGAGCUUCGUGAAGUCGCUGGAUGGCGACGUCAAGGAGCUCGAUUCCGACGAGAACCAGUUCGUCUUUGCUCUGGCCGGAAUCGUGACGAACGUGGCCGCCAUCGCCUGCGGCCGGGAGUUCCUGGUCAGCUCCAGCCACGUGCUCCUGGACACCAUCCUGCAGCUGCUGGGGGACCUGAAGCCGGGGCAGUGCACCAAGCUCAAAGUGCUGCUGCUGAUGUGUCUGUACAACAUGAGCAUCAACCUGAAGGGCCUGCGGUACAUGAGCGAGAGCCCCGGCUUCAUCCCCCUGCUGUGGUGGCUGCUGAGUGACCCCGACGCCGAGGUGUGCCUGCACGCGCUGCGCCUGGCCCAGUCGCUGGUGCUGGAGCCCGAGGUCUUCGCCAAGGCGGCCGCCGAGCUGCGCGACUCCCUGCCGCUGCCCCGCGUCCUGGCCAUGACCAAGAGCCGCAACCCCCUGCUGCAGACCGCGGCGCGGGAGCUGCUGGAGGACCUGCAGCCUCUGGGCCAGCACCCUUAGGCUGCCCCCGCCGCCCCUCUCUGCCUGUGGCCCCUGGGCCUCUGAGUUGUCUAUUUUUGUGCUUUUAGUAUUGAAUAAAGUUUGAGACUGA